AUGGGCCCCAGCCCCAAGGGGAAGGAGAUGAUUGUGAUCGUCUCCGUCCUGGUCGGCCUCACGUGCUUGAGUAUGACCCUGCGGUUUGUUGCCAGGGUCAAGCGGCGCACUGGUUUUGGAGUAGACGAUUGUCUCUGCUUCGUGGCUGUUGUGCUGAUGCUGGGGAUGUUGAUCGAGCUGAUCUUGUGGUGUUCCAUCGGUGGUAACGGCUACCAUAUCUCUGAUCUAGAUACUAGGACCAUUGAGUUGUUCUAUCAAAUAUUCCUGUCCAGCCAAUUCACCUAUUUCGUCUUGACGCCUCUAAUCAAGAUCUCCUUCAUCUGUUUCUACCGCCGCCUCUUCACCACUAAACACUUCCUCCGCUUUACUUUGGGUCUGAAUAUCCUCAUUGCCGCAUGGUCUUCGGGUAUCUUCCUGGCCUGUGCAUUGCAAUGCCGCCCGCUCCGCGCAUACUGGGACAUCAAUGUCAAGGGACGCUGCUUCAGCGCGACCACUUACAUCAUUGUGAAUCAGGCGUUUAACGUCGUCAUGGACUUUGUCAUCCUCGCAGUCCCGGUACCCAUGAUCUGGAGACUGCAUCGCUCAUGGCAGGAUAAGCUGGCGUUGAACGCUGUUUUUGCCCUGGGCGGAUUCGUGUGCUUCGCUAGUAUUUAUCGAAUAAUAGUAUUAUUCUAUAUCGACUUGAAAGACGUGACAUAUACCAUCUACGACGCCACUCUAUGGACUCAUAUCGAGCCAUCCGUCGGGCUAGUCGUUUCCUGUCUCCCAAUCAUCCGCGGAAUGUUUCCACGAUGUACAUCGGCGGGUCAGAAGCAACGGACAAGUGUUUUGAUGGUCGGAAAGGACUACGAGGCGGGUGUGCAAUCAGUGGAAGGGCCUGUCAUCGGUCUGAAAAUGCGCUCGAGCUCGAAAAUAUAA